AUGGCGGCGCCGGCGUCGGCUUUUGUAUCAUUUGAAGAUGUGGCUGUGAUCUUCACUGAGGAGGAAUGGGAACACCUGGACCUGGCCCAGAGAACCCUGUACCAGGAGGUGAUGCUGGAUACCUGCAGACUCCUGGUCUCACUGGGGCAUCCAGUUCCCAACCCAGAGCUGCUCUGCCUACUAGAACAUCGGCAAGAACUAUGGAUGGUGAAGAGAGGCCUGUACCAAAGUACCUAUGCAGGUGAAAAAGCAAAACCUGAGACCAAAGAGCCUACUGCUUCUCACCUGGCCUUCUCUGAGGAAUCCUCUUUCCAGGAAGAACUAGCACAGAGAUCAUCAAGAGAUUCCAGGUUGGGGCAAGCUAGGGAUAAGGAAAGGAUAUCAGAAAUGCAGGAAGGGAACUUGAGGCCAGGAAAACUCUCCCUCAAAGAGACCUGCCCUGGGAAGUUGAGCCAUAAAAAUAAUGACUUGGAGACAGACAAUAGUCUGGGCUUAAGGGUUUUACAGGAACGAGUUAUUCCACGAGAUGCUCUUCAUAAACAUGAUUCUAAAGAACCAGGAAAAGACACCCUGAUUGAUGCAAGGAAUAAUGCUUACAAAUGCAAGGAAUGCGGAAAAGGGUUUAGCAAGAAUUGGACCCUUGUUCGACAUCAACAAAUUCAUGAUGGAGUGAAGCCCUAUGAAUGCAAUGAGUGUGGGAAAGCUUGUCGUUAUAUGGCUGACUUCAUUCGCCAUAUGAGGCUUCAUACUGGGGAAAAACCAUACAAGUGUGGUGAGUGUGGGAAAGCCUUCAAACGCAGGACUCACCUCACAGAACACCAGCGUAUUCAUACUGGGGAUAAACCCUAUGAGUGCAAAGAAUGUGGUAAAGCCUUCACUCACCGCUCAUCUUUUAUCCAGCAUAAUAUGACUCACACUAGAGAAAAGUCCUUUUUAUGCAAAGAAUGUGGGAAAGCUUUUUACUAUAGCUCUUCAUUUGCUCAACACAUGAGGAUUCAUACUGGAAAGAAACUCUAUGAGUGCAGUGAAUGUGGAAAGGCCUUUACUCACCGCUCCACAUUCAUCCAGCAUAAUAUGACCCAUACAGGAGAAAAACCAUUUUUGUGUAAAGAAUGUGGAAAAACUUUUUGCCUCAACUCUUCCUUUAUUCAACAUAUGAGGAUUCACACUGGAGAGAAACCCUAUGAGUGCAAUGAAUGUGGAAAGGCUUUUACUCAUCGUUCCACUUUUAUCCGGCAUAAGAGGACACAUACUGGAGAGAGACCGUUUGAGUGCAAAGAAUGUGGGAAGACCUUUUGUGACAGCUCUUCCCUAAUUCAGCAUAAGAGGAUUCACACUGGUGAGAAGCCCUAUGAGUGCAGUGAAUGUGGAAAGGCCUUUACACACCACUCUGUUUUCAUCCGACAUAAUAGGGUCCACACUGGAGAAAAACCCUUUGAGUGCAAAGUAUGUGAGAAAGCCUUUUGUGACAACUUUGCCUUAACUCAGCACAUGAGAACUCACACUGGAGAGAAACCUUUUGAAUGCAGUGAAUGUGGAAAGACCUUCAGCUACAGUUCAUCCUUCACUCACCAUCGAAAGAUUCAUACAAGAGUUUAAAAGACACAGAAGGACCUUUUGCAAGUGUGUUCACCUAACUUUAGUGAACUCAUACUGGUGGAAUACUUUUUCUUUUGAAUAUAACUGUUGAGGAAAAUCUUUUGGCCAGAGAAAUGUCUUGCUUGGUAUCUGAGAAUUCAUACUAAACAGAAACUUCACAGUUAUCAUCCCUAUGAAAGCUUUUUAUGGCAAGUAAUCACUUGUCAUACAAAGAUUAUAUUUGAUAUUGAC